GGAGGACGCCACACACAAUGGGGUGUCUGCUCGUCAACCGACUCGGUAACUGCCUCAGUAACAGUCCGCUAUCAGAGGGACCAGUUGACAGGGUGAAUGUUAUUUUCUGCGUUACGAAAUUGAUAUUCACUGAAAUUUAACAAUUUUAUGGAGUCACUUGAAUUUUUUGCCCCCAUGUGACCCUUAAUCAAGUCCAACCCCCAGAACUGAGUCUCUACUUUAGUCAAUCGUCUUUGGCGGACAGCUCGGACAGUUCCAAUGUUUUUUAACCUCCAAAAAUAGCAUCAUGGAGACAGUGCAGUAUAACUCGAUAACGUAAACAAUUUUAAAGAGUCAGGCUUUUAUAUGGAAUAGUGAAUUUAUGGUUCUUGAGAGGAAGAUGGAGGAGAAUAAGGUGGCAACGGUUGUCCUGGUGAAUGAGAGCAAAGUCUUGAAUAUCACCUUCUCACCAGGAUGGACUGUUGAGGAUUUGUGCAUAAAGGUAUGCAAAACACUUGAGAUAGGACCAGUUGCCAGACACCUCUUCGCCCUCCGUAAUCGUUCAACGCGCCUGUGGUAUCCCCCAGGUUACAAACUAGACUCCAAGGACAAAGUGAAAUUUGAAUUUCGUCUGAGAUUCAAACCCUCCACCCUGCAAAGACUGAAAAAAAUCGACCCCAAGGCCUACGACUAUUACUUCCAACAGGCCCGAUGUGACGUCCUCGACAAUAAAGUCCCAGACAUAAUCUACGAGCGCCACAAACGCGAGCUGAUUGGCCUGGGGGUCAGUGACAUGUACCGAGUGAUGCUGGAGAAGGAUGUUCCUCGAGAAAUAGUGGAAUCGGAAUAUAAAAAGUACAUACCCAAAGAGUGCAUCAAACGCCACUCAUUUUUUAUAAAAAAACCCAUUCACCAGGCGCUCUCCAAGAUAUCUGGACCAGAUGCUUCAUACGUGAAGGAGCAGUACCUCAAUCAGUUCCAGAUAAUGGCUCCCAAUUACCCUUACGAGGAGUACAAAGCCCUGAUGGACAAGGGCAUUCCAAAUCCACCCUCGAGAGUUCUCUUACGAGUGAACUCUGUCGAAGUAACUUAUUGUGAGACUGAGAAUGGUCAGUGGACGUCUCUCUGUGCCAUCGAGGACCUCUGCUUUGUCUCCAUCAGACAAGAUAGCACGGUGGAGGUUUCCAGGAAGAACGGUAUCCCCUCUUACCUGAAAUUCUCGACGAAUGCCCUCCUGACGUCAUUCGUCUCAGCCCUCGAUGGUUACUACAGACUAGCAGUGAAGUGGACGUUCAAUCUCUGCCGGGAUGUCGUUACUCCUAGUCUGGAGAGAUUACUGAAAUUAAAAUGUCACGGACCUGUUGGUGGUGAGUUCUCGUAUGCUAAACUCGAGGAGAAACGCUCGAACAGGACUGGCACAUUUAUUCUCCGAGAGAGUGAAACAAAGUACAAUGUUUACUAUUUGGAUGCUUGUGGCAAGGAUUGCAAGCCCAGAACUCAUAAGAUUGAGCAGCUAGCGCCUGAGGAGUUCGUACUCUCGGAUUCUGUCAAGGUUUAUCACUCUCUGAGCCAGGUGAUAGCCUCUCAUCACGAUCCAGAGGGCUCACUGUACCUCUCAGAGUGCCUUCCACCCUCUGAAUACGAUCGUUCCCCCCUGCUGAUCUGUGCUGUGGAGGGAGUUGGUAGUGACGUUGCCGCGGAUGAGGAUGUGAUUGCCUCGUUGCUCGAGGGUGAUCCAAGAUGCAUAACACCCCAGCAGUUGCAGAUUUACAAAGCCCAACCGUUCCCCAAGAGCUGUGAAAAUGGAGAAGUCCGGAAUUCACCCACGACCUUGUACAGAGCCAUGUGGAGGGUAAAGAAAGGGAAGAAACUGGAGGCUGCCAUUAAAGUGUUGAAGGAAGAGGAGUCCAGGCUGACGAGGGAAUUCCUGCAGAUGGCAUCGAGGUGGGGACAGCUGAGGUCUGGCUCCCUUGUAAGAUUGUAUGGACUGACGGUGGCACCUGCUGUGGGAAUGGUUAUGGAGCUGGUGAAACAUGGGCCUCUGGACGUCUACCUGAGGAAUAAUUCACCCCAGACUGUGAAAACAGUUGAUCUGGUUGAAGCUGCUGCUGGAUUGGCAACUGCUGUUUGGUGUCUGGAAGAAAGUGGAGUAGUUCAUGGGAAUAUACGAUGUCGAAAGCUCCUCGUUCAUGCCCACACAGAGAACAGCUUCAUCGUAAAACUCGCUGAUCCAGGAAUGUACAGUUAUACACCAGCAGACGUCCACUGGUUGCCUCCAGAGUGUUAUCUGAAUCCAGAUUCAGCACGCAGAAGUUCUCGAGCUGAUGUGUGGGCCCUAGGCACUACUCUCUGGCAAAUAUUCUCGAGAGGGGCUAUCCUUCCUAGCCAUAGAGACAUCGAAUCAGUGAAAAAAUUUUACGCCAGUGGAAAACGCCUCCCAAUGCCCAAUGGAUGUCCUACAGACGUCUACAAGCUGAUGACCGAGUGCUGGGGAGAACCUGAGAGUCUCCCGAAACGCCCACAAGCCAUCAUGAGAGAUAUUAAUGGUAUUCUUUAUCAGGUGUACAACUCCAGGAGGACUCACUCUUACGCCACAGCCUUUCCCAAGCUCUUCAAUGAUAAUUCAAGAAUCGAGGAUGAUGAUGAGGAUUCUGAGGCUAUUGAGAACAACUCAUCAUCUGAUUGUGAGUCAAGAGCCAGUAGUAUUUUUACAGACAGGACAAGUCUCCCGUGGGAUGACCCAGAUGACAGUGGACGAUUGAUUAGACUCUCAGAAACCGAUCACGAGGCAGAGGAGGAGCUCUCAGCAUAUCUGGGCUGGUUGGCAGAGAACGGUGGAGUCGGUGCACCUCAUGAUGUGUCAUCAACAGGCUCAGCCCACAAUGGAGGACCCUUAGGCCAAAUGCAGGGGAUAUUCGAGCUCGACGUCGACUGUAAUGUUAUUCUCCAGGGGAGGAUCGGCCAGGGGUUCUAUGGGGAAGUUUACAGAGGUACUUUAGAGAGGGAUAAUGGAAAGGAUACUGAGCCUCAGCAGGUAGCUGUCAAGAAACUCAAAACUCGAGCCCUCGAGGCGGAUCUCAGGGAUUUUGAGAGGGAAAUCGAGAUCAUGAAGACUCUGAAGCAUCAGAACGUCGUGGAGAUUCUUGGUGUUAUUUCCGAGCCUGAGGUUUGUUUGGUGAUGGAAUUCGUUAAGCAUGGAUCUCUCCAGAGUUAUCUCGCCAUCCACAGGGAAACUCUCACUCACAAGAGACUUCUGGGAUUUGCUCUGGACAUUGCUACAGGGAUGGAUUACCUCGGGACGAUAAGCAUCGUGCACAGGGAUCUGGCUGCCAGAAAUAUUCUCGUGGCUGAUGAAAACAGGGUGAAGAUAAGUGACUUUGGGCUGGCUCAGGUCACUGGGAAGAAUGAUUAUUAUAUUCUUCAGACUAAUAGGGAUUUGCCCAUCAAGUGGUACGCACCGGAGAGCCUCAGGGAUGGCAAGUUCUCGUCUAAGUCUGAUGUGUGGUCUUUCGGUGUGACUAUGUUCGAGACAUUUGGGCUUGGUGAAGAUCCCAAACUUCCUGGAGUCAGGGGUACUGGAGAGAACGAAGAGGAGGGCUCAGCUGAACUCCUUGAGGCUCUCGAGAGAGGCACCCGGUUACCCUGUCCACCCAAUUGUCCUCAGACUGUUUAUGUUAAGCUCAUGUAUCCCUGUUGGCAUCUUCAGAGCCAUCAGCGACCUGAUUUUGCCAUGUUGUGUAAUGAUAUUAAGGAUUUAAUGGGACAAUACUGAGGGUACAAUACUUGCCAUUUAAUUGACGAUAAGAGGAAAACAUUGAAUGUUUUUUUUAAGGAGGAGAAUUUCCAUUUCUUUUCUCGGAGAAAAAAUAUUCAUAUGAGGUUUAAACUCGAUGUGUAAAAAAGGUGAACAGGAAAGAAUUG